AUGAGUACAGAAAGCACAGAAAACUUUUCUAGUGCCGCGGGUGACUCCCCAAACAUGGGCGUGGGCAGUAUCGGGCCUAUCACCUGGGACGAUGCCACGUGGAUACUCACAAGCUCCUUUAUUAUUUUCACUAUGCAAUCAGGUUUCGGACUACUUGAAGUAGGCUGUGUAACAGGAAGAAACGAGGUAAAUAUUAUGAUGAAGAACGCCGUAGAUGUUAUUUUCGGAGGAAUAUCCUACUGGGCAGUGGGAUAUGGUCUCAGUUUCGGAAUGGAUUACGGUUCCAACCCUUUCUGUGGCGUAGGUGAAUUCUUUGUGGAUUCCAGUGACGAACGCAUGGGGCUUUUAUAUGCAACAUUUGUAUUCCAGUUGUCCUUUGCUACAACUGCAACAACCAUUGUCUCGGGUGCUAUGGCGGAGCGGACCAAGUUGACGGCCUACAUAUUGUUUUCGGUGUUAAACACAUUCGUGUAUUGUAUACCUGCUCAUUGGGAGUGGGCAACCAACGGGUUCCUGAGGACCAUGGGGUGCGUCGAUAUCGCGGGAUCCGGUGCUGUGCACCUUACUGGUGGUGUAUCGGCUAUGGUUGCCGCCAUCAUCCUUCAACCUCGCUCAGGAAGGUACGAAAAUGGCACUAAUCAGAAAACGCCACCAAAUCCAGUCAGCGCCCUUGUUGGCAUGUUCAUGCUUUGGUGGGGUUGGUUAGCCUUCAAUUGCGGUAGUACAUUUGGUAUAUCCGGUGGAAAAUGGCAGCUUGCAUCAAAAGCAGCUGUUGUCACGUUGAUUGGUUCUAUGGGUGGAGGGGCCACGGGAGUCAUUAUUUCCUUUAUCAUGAAUAACCGGAAGUACAAUGUGGACUACUUGGUAAACUCUGUACUCUGUGCUCUGGUAUCGAUCACAGCCGGCUGUGCUGUAAUCAGACCGUGGGAAGCACUCUUAAUCGGAUCCAUUGGAGGUGUAAUAGCUAUUUUCUCCGUCAAACUCAUGGACAAAAUGAAAAUUGAUGAUCCCGUGGGAGCCGCUGGUGUUCACGGGGCCGGGGGAAUCUGGGGUAUGCUAGCGGUAGGUUUGUUCGCCCAGAAUGACUCGUUAGAGAACACAACUCAAGGACGAUCCGGAGUGUUUCACGGAGGCGGUUUUUAUCUAAUAGGAAUACAGCUUCUCUCAGUCGUUUGUCUGAUAGUGUGGAGUGCUCUAACUUCUCUCAUAUUACUCGUGAUUAUCAAGUAUACAGUUGGCCUUCGUUUGAGUAAAGAGGAAGAACGCCUCGGGGCAGACUUCGUUGAACACAAUAUCGGAGCGAAUAUGAUCACAGGUCAGUUUCUUAGUAGACCAGACAGUGUCUUCGCCAUUCGCCAAGACACAGUAUCACGUAAUCACGUCACUGUCGACGAAACAACGACCGUCGAGUCGAACGAAUGCACGAGACGCCGGGAUUCUGUUACGUCCAGAAAGUUGAAGACCACUGCCACCGCAACUGUUCAUCACCAACGCAAGAUGCUUCGACGACAGGACAAAAUUGUACCUGAAAGUAUACCUGGACAGUGUGUUUUGUAUCAGUAA